CCGUAACAUAUGUAGCGCGCUGAGUCAGGAGGUCGCACACAAAGGCAGAAAUCGAAUUGAACACCAUAAUAUCAACAAGUUGAUAAUGGAAUUACAAAGCCAGCCACGGAAAUGUUGUUCUGAUUCUGAAACAUGUGCAAUCACAGACUGUGAUAGAGAAUUGAUGGAAGCAGAUGAUCUCAAGAAAGAAUGCGAUACUGAUACGCAGGAAACAGAUGAUCUCAAGAAACAAUGUGUUACUGAUACGCAGGAAACAGAUGAUCUCAAGAAACAAUGUGUUACUGAUUCGCUGGAAACAGGUGAUCUAGAGAAACAAUGUGUUACUGAUUCGCUGGAAACAGGUGAUCUCAAGAAACAAUGCGAUACUGAUACGCUGGAAACAGGUGAGCUCAGGAAACAAUGUGUUACUGAUUCGCUGGAAACAGGUGAUCUCAAGAAACAAUGCGAUACUGAUACGCUGGAAACAGGUGAUUUCAGGAAAGAAUUUGUAACUGACAAGAGCGGCAAACAGUUUGGUGCAUGCGGGAAAACAUUUAAUAUAUCAGGUGACACGAACAGACACUUGCUGGGUCACUGUGAAGUCAAGUCUUCUCAGUGUGACGAGUGUGGGAAAACGUUUACAAAAGCAAGUAGCCUCAAGUCACACAUGAGGAUUCACAGUGGGAUCAAGCCUUAUCAGUGCAUUGUGUGUGAGAAAACAUUUACACAAUCAUAUAACCUGCAGAUACACACGAGGAUUCACAGUGGAAUCAAGCCUUAUCAGUGCAUUGUGUGUGAGAAAACAUUUACAGAAUUAGGUCAUGUACAGAAUCACAUGAAGAUUCAUAGUGGAAUCAAGCCUUAUCAGUGUGUUGAAUGUGGGAAAACAUUUACACUGUCAGGUAAUCUGCAGACACACAUGAGGACUCACACUGGAAUCAAACCUUACAAGUGUGUUCAAUGUGGCAAAGCAUUUACAAUAUCGGGUAAUCUACAACGACACAUGAAGAGUCAUGGUGAAAUCAAGGCCUAUCAGUGCACUGUGUGUGAGAAAACAUUUACACAAUCACGUAAUCUGCAGACACACAUGGGAAUUCAUAGUGGAAUCAAGCCUUAUCAGUGUGAUGAUUGUGGGAAAACAUUUGCACGAUCAGGUCAUCUGAAGUCACACAUGAGGAUUCACAGUGGAAUCAAGCCGUUUCACUGUGUUGAAUGUGGGAAAACAUUCACACAAUCAUCUCACCUGCAGAGACACAUGAGGAUUCACAGUGGAGUCAAGCCUUAUCCGUGCAUUGUGUGUGAGAAAGCAUUCACAGAAUCAGGUAAUCUACAGAAACACAUGAGGAUUCAUUGCGGAAUUAAGCCUUAUCAGUGCGAUGAAUGUGGGAAAAGGUUUGCGCGAUCAAGUUAUCUGCAGUCACACAUGAGCAUCCACAGUGGAAUUACACAAUCAUAUGAAAUGCAGAAACACAUGAGCGGUUCACAGUGGAGUCAAACCUUAUCAGUGUGUUGAAUAUUGAAAAAUAUUCAUACAAUAAUCUCACCUUACAGACAUACAUGAGGAUUCACAGUUGAAUCGAGCCUUAUCCGUGUGUUGAAUGUGGGAAAACAUUCACAAAGUCAUGUCGCCUGCAGACAUACAUGAGGAUUCACAGUGGAAUCGAGCCUUAUCCGUGUGUUGAAUGUGGGAAAACAUUCACAAAGUCAUGUCGCCUGCAGACAUACAUGAGGAUUCACAGUGGAAUCGAGCCUUAUCCGUGUGUUGAAUGUGGGAAAACAUUCACAAAGUCAUGUCGCCUGCAGACACACAUGAGGAUUCACAGUGGAAUCGAGCCUUAUCCGUGUGUUGAAUGUGGGAAAACAUUCACAAAGUCAUGUCGCCCGCAGACACACAUGAAGAUUCACAGUGGAAUCGAGCCUUAUCCGUGUGUUGAAUGUGGGAAAACAUUCACAAAGUCAUGUCGCCUGCAGACAUACAUGAGGAUUCACAGUGGAAUCGAGCCUUAUCCGUGUGUUGAAUGUGGGAAAACAUUCACAAAGUCAUGUCGCCUGCAGACACACAUGAGGAUUCACAGUGGAAUCGAGCCUUAUCCGUGUGUUGAAUGUGGGAAAACAUUCACAAAGUCAUGUCGCCUGCAGACACACAUGAGGGCUCACAGUGGAAUCGAGCCUUAUUCGUUUGUUGAAUAUGAGGUUACAUUUACAGUGAAAUGAAUUUUUUGAACUGAGUGGACUGAAAUAUGUUUUUGGGUAAUGGGUAUGGUAGAACUUUCUCAUAUAUAUAUUGGAACUGAUACAUAAUAAAUCAAUCAACAUUUUA